AUGGCAUGCAAUUUAACAAUUUUGGGCUGCAUCCAGAUGCCAGAGCGGCAUUACAUUCUUCAGGACAAUGCAACUCCAAGCUCUGCAUCAGCUUUUUCCUCUUCAGGGCUGCCAUCGGUGGGACCGGGUUUUGCUCGAUCGCGGAAGUUGAGGUCCAGAGCGGCUCCUUCCAUUUCGCGUCUGCGUGUUGUUCUGGGAACCAUAGCCUCUGUGGUAGCAGUUGUAGUGCUCGUUUUUUCAUGUUCGCGCGUAUACGAGAGGCGUGCACUCCAGGGCCUUCGAAGCCGCAGGCUGGCCAGCUCAGAAGACAGUGAUGCAUCGAUUGACGUUUGCGGCAGCCCCAGUGACGGAGAGGAGCAGCAACAGCGCCAGGGUCCCCGAGCUCCCGACCGGCCAGCUGAAGAGGAGCUUAAAUGGCCCCUUAAGAAGCGGUUUAUGGCAAGAGUGACUGGAAAUUGUGACGGUGGUGCUGAAGAGAAUCCCAAGCCCCAAGAAUUGCAAGAUCAUCUCCAGAAACCUUCUGUUGCUCAUCCCGGUUUAUCACCACUUGAAGCGGCUCCAGGCCUGGAACAGCCUGGCUUCUCACCACUUCCUUUUCGCUGGCCGCCGCCUUCAGCGCAACAGACGGGGUCGCCAGAGCUCAGUGAAGCCAUAGGACGACUAAGUCCCCGCCUUCAGCCCCAGGCUGCUGGGGGCGUUGCUGUACGUGCAAGGAAUACAACCCCGCUGGGUGAGCAGCUGCUGCAGAGCCAUAUUUGGCUGACGGAGCAACAGGCGGACAGCGAGCGGCGGCACCAUGAACAGCUGCUUUUCCACUUCCAGGCUAUGAGUUCCCAGGGUGUGUAUAGGGAGCAGGCAGAGCAAAUGAAUUGGCAGUCUCAGCAACACCAGGAUCGGGAAGGCCAGCAGCAGCUGCCAAGACAGCAGAGGCAGCAGGCCUCGACGGACAACCAGGCCGAAGAGCAUCUCCCGCAUGAACACGCUGAGGCUCACACUGGUUUCCCUACAACUCAGGCAGCGCCAGUACAGGAGAGUUACGGCCCCUGGGCAUUUCCGUUUAGCAGUAAUCUGCAUUUUUGGCAUAUGCCAGGGCAUGCGCCGCUCGAUGCAUCCACAGGAUUCCCGAAUCUCGGCAGUCACCACGAUGCUUCUGGACUUUUUUCUUGGUUUACGCAAAGAACAAUUUGCCUGCAAUUGCAGCAUAUGCAGGAACAGGUCCGUGGUAUGGAGCGGCAGCUGCGCCGGAUGCAGCGGCAGCUGCAGAGAGAAUCGCGGGUCGGGCGACGUCAGCCUGCCCGCAGGCGCCGGUACGCCCAGCCCUCGCGGCACCAGCAGCGGCAAAACCUGCAUUGGCAGGACGCGAGGCGGCAGAUGCAAUCGCAGCAGCAGGAUUUGCUCCAACAGAAAGAGCAGCAGCAGCAUUUGCCUCAGCAUGCCGAGCCGCCGCACUCCAUGCUACAGCGGCAGCAGUCUUCACCUCAGAACCGUCAGGGACAACAGGUACUAUCAGGCCAGCGUUGGGGCCAACCGGAGGAGCAGGAGCCGACGCCGCAGGACGACGGAAAACAGCAGCACAGGAAAAGGAAGCGCGGGCGGGAACAGCAAGAGGGGCUGGAGUCACCCAAGGAACAGCAGCAUCAGUUGCUGCAACCUACCGGGCGUGUCCCGGAGUCUUUGCUGGAAGAUGCAUGGAUUGCCCUGGGCCCGCCAAGGCCUGAAACGCCUCAACCCAGCAGCUCUCGACAAGCGUUGCAGGUACCUGUCGCUGCAGGAGAUACACCACCUUCGACCUCCGUGGAAUUUGGCACGCAAGUGGCUGGAGGGUUGCCACUAGCUCCUCCUGCCGCGUCGCUUACUAUUCCUGAUGGAGUUGCUUCAGGCGAUUCGGCUGAUUUGGCUCCAAUAUCAGGGGCUCCCGCAGCAAACACAGCAACUGGGUGUGUGUUUUCUGAUGGUCGGUCGUCCCCUGGUCCAUCCACAGCAGCCACAGAAGGCAGAGGAGUGGAGGCGGGGGUCCCUUCUACUGUGCUGGUUGGUGGGGGGUUUGGAGAUGGAGGGGCGUCAGCAGCUGGUGAAACAGCAUCAGCUGCUGAAGGCUCAGCACAUGCGGGAGGAGCAGCAGCCCCUGGAGGAGCAGCAGCUACUACUGCAGCUGGGGCAGGUUCCGCUAUACCUGCGCCUACAUCGACUCCGGCGAGCUCUACUCUGCUAGGGGAGGGGAGUGGUCCUCGAGCUGCUCAUUCGGGCGUCCACCCGCUUAUGCGCCUGCCGACGCCGUUGCCCAGUGUGACUACGCCUGUUGUGCUCGACUUUGGACGAGCCAUGCAAAGUCCGCCUUGCAAGCGGAACAUCUUGGUUUUACUACAGAAGGCAAAAACGAUACUGUCCAUGGAAUUUAUCUCUCUUUCUCAUUCGACGGUCUUGAAGGAAACAGUAGAAGAACUGAUAGGGCACGCGAUGCACCAUCAUGGUCAAAACUUGUCGGGUCACCAGACCUACCGCGCAGUUGUGCGGCUGGGGCUCCGUUACCUCACACUUGAUACUAUUGUUUCCACCCUAAUGGUUUUCCAGCAGAAGGUAGACCAGGCCUUUUGGCAGCGCUUAAUAGGUGCCGUAAACCAUGUCGCUCCCCCCCAUAUUGAAAAAUCAAACUUCUCACCUCGAGCUACUUUCUCCUUAAAACUGGCACAGGAGCUCAGCAAGGGAAUACAAGCACUAAAGGGAGGAAAGAGGCUGCCAAUUGGUUUGCAAAUGAGGCUGACUCAUAUGCUCUUCUGCUCUGGUUUUUCCCCCGCGCGUUUUAAGGAACCCAUGUUCGAUCAGUGGAGGAAGUUUCACAAGCGUGGCGCCAAUGGACCUUAG